CAUGCCGCAAAGAACUUUCGAUUCAUUGCUGAGUUUGGUGGCGGACAAGCUACGCAAGAAGGAUACCCGGUGGCGACCAUCCAUCAAGCCGGACGAAAGGCUUGCUGCCACUUUAAGGUUCUUAGCUGCGGGCGAGUAUAUAUGCAGCAGCUCAUUCAAUUUCCUUAUCGGAAGAUCAACGUUGUGCGGCAUCCUGUCAGAAACAUGUCAGGCCAUUUGGGAUGUGCUUUUCCCUCUUCAUGUGACUUCUCCCGCAACAGUCGACGAGUGGAUGAAGGUGGUAGCUGGGUUUGAGGAACGGUGGAACCUCCCUCAUUGCAUUGGGGCAAUGGACGGGAAACAUAUUGUUGUUCAGUGCCCUGGCAAGUCCGAAAGCGUGGACAGAAAUUAUAAAGGAACCUUCAGCAAAUGCAUGUUCGCAGUUUGCGAUGCCUACUACAGAUUUAUUUAUGUGGAAAUAGGACACCACGGAAGCCGUAGUGAUGGGGGCAUCUUUUCAGAGACCUCUCUUCUGAGUGACAUUGUGUCUGGACGAGCCAACAUCCCCCCAGCAAGCCCACUUGGAAGCCGUCCAGAACUUCCUUACUUUUUUGUAGGAGAUGAGGCAUUUCCCCUAAAGACGUUCCUUAUGCGACCGUACCCCAAGAGAAGCAUGACAUCGAUGCGGCACAGGAUAUUCAACUACCGCCAUUCUCGGGGUAGGAGGAUAAUCGAGAAUGCCUUUGGUGUUCUUGCUCAGCGGUGGCGAAUCCUACGCCGCCCGUUUGCAGCCAAGGAUGCCAACAUCAGGCGAAUUGUAGCUGCAUGUGUAGCGCUGCACAACUUCCUCCUCAGUGAAUCUGACUCAUCGAGAGCAUCCUACUGCCCUACUGGCAUAGUGGAUCGGCAGGGCACUGAGGGUGAAGAAGUGCAAGGAACUUGGAGGGCAGACGAAGCUCAAAAUCCAGCACUCGCACACUUCCCGAGAACAGGUCUGCGCUGCACAAGUGCCGCUCAUGAAGUAAGGGAGCACCUUGCUGAUUACUUCAUGGAAGAAGGUGCAGUGCCCUUUCAAGAAGACAAGGCAAAGAAAAAAUGGGGUACUUGAGCAGAGCGAGCUGACACACUGUUACAAUGUAUUCAAGUUUUUGUCCAGAUAAAUUUUG